UCAUGUUUCACACUAGUUAUCCGGGUAUGUUCCUGUCAUUUGUCAAAUGGCCGGCAGGGCUCUGAGGAUAAGUCAGAUGGAUUCGAGCGUUCUGGACGAGGAAGUUCUUGAAUCAUUGAAACUUCAACUUUCACGUUGUUUAUCUUUACUAGGGUCUGGAAAGUUAUCAUUAUUUCUGCCUGAAAUGAAUUCUGUACUCAGAUUUGCUAUCUGGCUGUUGUCUGUCUGGAAAUACGAUUCGACACUCGGACAACAAAUGUUAAAUGUGAAAUAUGCAAAGUGUGUAUCUAGUGAUGCAAGCGAUUCUGAAGAGGCAUUGGGUCUAAGUCGGUGGCAGAAGAUUGCGUAUGGACUAGUGUUUGUAUGUGGGAACUAUUGCAAAGACAAGGCAGUUGGCAUUGAGGUGAUUGGCCAGUAUAUCAACAACCUAAACAUAAGAGAAAAGAUAAGGACGCUGAGUCGAUGGACUGAACGUUUGUGGAACAUGGCACGUUUAGUUAAUUUCCUGAUCUUUCUACAGCAAGGCAGCUAUCGGUCUCUAAUAGAGAGAAUUCUCAGACUCAACACAGUUCUGGUUCAUAAACAGCCAGUCCGACAAGUCAGCUUUGAGUUUAUGAAUCGAGAGCUGCUGUGGCAUAGUUUUGCAGAAUUUACUUUCUUUCUGUUGCCCUUUGUCAAUGUGAGAAGACUCAGAAACACCGUUCAUCGUGUGUUCACCUCCUAUUCCUCAACAUCGUCGUCUCCCUCGUUUACACAGUGUGGUAUAUGCGAAAGUCGUCCAACAACACCUUACCAAGCCAGCUGCAAUCACAUCUUUUGUUACUAUUGUAUCAAAGCAAAUUGUAUGGCAGAUCCUGGUUUUUCGUGCCCGCUGUGCUCUUCCAAGAUUCAAUCAAUACAUGCAGCUCACAAACAGUCGGAGUAAACUAAUCUCUCCAACGAGAGUCAAUAUUCGUAUUCUUUUACUAAAGUUGUUUGAUACUCAAACGUUUUCAGCAGUAAUUGAACCAGUGCCCUUUGCGUCUUGUGACUAUGUAGUUUGAGAUUAUGGAGGAAUACAUCUGGCAAACGAGUG